AAUUGUUGUUUGUUGUUUCCGAGUGUUGGCUUCAGUUAGCGCGUGAAACUUGUUUGUUGCGCGUAAAUUUUGUAAAUUUAGACGAUUUUUCUACUGAAGCUGACGAAAGUUGAUUGAUUUCGUAUGUUCAACACACGCCGCGUUCAUGUCGAAGUUUGAGGAAGUGAUAUUGGGCGAAGCCGAAGUCUACGAGGACACCGAGUAUCUGCUGGAAACUCCGGUGAAAAAGUUGAAAAUGACACCAACUCGGCCACAACCCUCGACAUCGGGGAAAAAGGUUCCGAUCAUUCGAAAGGCCGGCGAGGUGGUCACUCCGAUGCACCUGAGGACCAUCGCAAACGUCGAAGUUUCCCCGAUGCUCAAGCCCAAAGCCAAACCAAACUGGUCCAAGAUAACUCCACCAACGGUGAGGUCACUGCCCCGCAAACCUGUCGCCUUGCCAGUGACCAUUAAGAAGCGCAUUUCGCCCCCAACCUCGGACGAUGACUCCCGUUCCCAACUCGACGACGAGGAUCAGGAACAGGCUGAAGAAGCAGACCAAGAACAAGUGGAAAAUCCGGAAGAUCAAGCAACCACAAGCACGUACCAUCCGUCGGAAGCCCGGAUGAAGCGCAUCGAGAGCAAGCUGGACAUGAUCCUGGAAAAGCUGAACCAACACGACGGUGCCCUAAAAGUUCUAAAGUACAACAUUCGCGACCUGCGGGUGGACCUCAAAAACAGCACUCGCCAACAGGCGGAAGUCAGCUCAUUCGAAGUUCAGAAACGAAAAAACACCCCAAUGAAACGCGAGAAGAAACGCCUCGUCCUGUUCCCCGUCCCCGACGACAACUACCUGUACCGCCUCGAAGAGCUCAUCCAAACCGACGACGACAUCCGCGAGGAGGUCAUAACGCUGUUCUCCGACGGUCCCACCACCAGCCUGUACGACUUCCUGCGGCGUAACAUGGCGAACCUGUUCGAGAACUGCUCCAAGCACACCUGGACGGGCAAACCGCCCCACAACAGCAACCCGGACGCGCCGCCCCCGCUCCCAGCGUGCAACAUGAAUCUGAUCGAAAUACUGGUCGCGACCACCUGCGACAAGUUCCCCCACCUGACGCGGGACUCCAUCGAGAAGGAGCUGCGGCGCGCGUUGCAAAACUUUAACGAAGCGCACACGACCAAGCUGAACCGGCGCAAGGUGAAGGAACAGCAGCUCGGCAUCGGGCCAGGCGAGAUUUCCGAUGUGCUGUGAGGUGGGAUGAAGUACGUGAGUUUGAUUUUCUUUAGAAGCUUGAUUUGUAAGGAUUCUAUACGUUGAUGGUACUAAUAAACUGAAUGAAUAAAAGCUAA